ACAACGUACAGUACAGUUGAAGAAAAAAUCAAUCAUCGUCGACAAAAUCCAAUCUUUUUGUUCAUCUUUCUGUUCGAGUGACGGUAGAACGAGACUGUUGUCAUCGGAUGUAUUUUGCUCAGUGAUACUACUGAAUCAAGCCACAAAAAUUAAUCUAUAUUUUGUACACGACAACUGUAACGAUGAACAGCUACUCUAUCGCCACAUACCUUUUCGUCCUCCUCGUCGGGACCGUCGGAGCCUUUGCUCCGGCGUCGACGUCGACCAAGCUGGCAACAACAACGACCACCUCGACCACGCAACACAACAUGAUCGGCGGAAUCUUCGACGCCUUCUUCGGAGGCGGCACCGACGCCGAGAUCACCGACACGGUCUACUUCGACCUCACUAUCGACGGAGCCGACGCCGGACGCGUGGAGAUGGGCCUCUACGGGAGCACCGUCCCCAAGACGGUCGAAAACUUCAAGCAGCUAUGCUGUAAGACCAAGAAGGGAGACGGCUACAAGGGGUCCUCCUUUCACCGGAUCAUUCCCGGCUUUAUGUGCCAGGGAGGAGACUUUACCAACGGGAAUGGAACCGGUGGAAAGAGUAUCUACGGGAGAACCUUCGAGGACGAAAACUUCGAUCUGAACCACGGCGGGGUCGGAACCCUCAGCAUGGCCAACGCUGGGCCCAACACGAACGGAUCGGUGCGUUUAUGAUGCCAUGUAUUAACGCAAUCCUGCAAUAUGCAUUCCUACAUAUUUCUUUUCGAACAUUGUUCAUUGGACUGUUCAUGGCUGUUGUUUGGAAUUAUCUAGAGCCGAUGCCCGAUGUACGCUGACUUUUGUUUUUGCGCUCAAAUUGCUUGCCUCGUUGUCUACUUGAAAAUCUUCCCACGGCGACAAUGAACAACACAACCAUGUUCAUUUUGAUGAAUCUUAACAAACAGCAAUGUAAGUGAUGUACGGGAGAGGGAAAACGGAAGAUUAAGUGUAGGACGGAUCUCUCUCCAUGUUUCCAAUGCGAAUCGGUCGAAUUUCUGGUCGUACUUGGUUGCGGUUCUAUUUCAUUUUGUCGAUAGCUACUUUCUUUAUUUUUCGUGGAUUCAGUUCUUCUUUUGUCUCACUGCAACUUCGCCGCGACUCAUUUCUUGAUUAUACCCACGACACUAUCAUCUCCACACACACUAUCGUCCAUAAAUGAUUCGAACGACCAAACGAACUCACACAAAUCUCCAAAUACGCAUUGUAUCCUCGCAGUCUUCAUUUGCACGGCCCAAACUCCAUGGUUGAACGGAAAGCACGUCGUCUUCGGAAAAGUCACCAAGGGACUGGAACUUAUCAAGAAAGUCGAGGCCUACGGAACAGAUAGCGGGCGCCCAAAGGCAACCAUUACUAUCGCAGAUUGCGGAAGCCUUUGAAUUGAUGCAGUGARUAUUAAAUAUCUAAUUUCUACACGUAAUCAAGGAAUUUUCUAACAUUAUUAAAAAAUGAACCAAAAAAUGUAUCCAAAUGCAGUGCACAAAGGAAACAAUCGUACCAAACUGAAAUCGCAGCGCAGUGUUUGUCAUAUCAUACAAACACUGUACAAUACACACGCGUGCACUCGUCGUAGUAGCACACGAGAAAGAAAAAACAAACAACAAACAAUUGAAAAGCACCAACAGCUUGUGUUUCGUUUGUUCGGCUCCGUCCAUCAAAAAGACUUCGACUAUAGAUGAAUCAAACAACCCGAAUCAGCCAAUCGGUAACUCGGUCCAGCAAGAUUUCGUCUCAAUCGGUGAACCGCACCAACCCGAUCUUGUUGGCCUUGAGACUCUCCARCAGGACACUUGGAUCCGUCAGGAAUCCACUUCCAAAGGCACCCAMCCCCGGAAUCCGAGCCGCCCGUGUCAGGUCCUGCACCAGGAAGCAGCUGUUGUUGUUCUGAACGGUCUGAACGAAAUUGACGGCCGUGUCGAGGACGCAAUAAUCCAUGGCGAGUCCGCAGCAAAAGACCCGCCCCUCAYCUUCGUUGCUGGUGGGCAGCAGGGAGCUGCUGGGUUUCUUGUCUAGAAACGAAAGAACAUCGGGGGAGGCAUUGGCAUCUGCACCUAUGUUGGAAGCUUUCAGGGCGUAGCCCCCGGUCCAGUCUACCGCAUCGUCGGAUUGGUGCGACAAGCGUUCUUUCCAUUUGUCGUUUUCACUAYUAUACGGAAAUCCCCCAAAGGAUUCCACCCCUUUGUAGAACCCCUUGUAUAUGACGUGGGUGUUUCUGUUUGUGUUUGAUUUGUCGUCUCCGUCCCYACCGUUCUGGGCCAGCGCAAGCAAUGGCUGAAGCGUUUCCGCAAUCCUCGGAUGGAAAAAACUCCCGCGGGUCCCCAUGACGCAAUGCGUCGGAAAAGGUCCUCCAUGMGACUGAAAGGAGCAGUGGUCGGUCGGGUGGUAAUCCCGCGAUGCAAGCACAGUAGCCCCUGUGCGGGUUUGUAUGCAGAAGAAACGGURAUAGUAUGAUCAUUCGUUUGUCAUGAUUUUUUUUAGAUUGUCGGGGUGAAUGGAAGCAAUCCAUAGUAUUAUAAAUAAAAACAUGGAAAUAGAUAGUUCGUAGCGUUUAUACGUCACAACCGGUUCAGUUGGAUGGAAGCAUGGAAACAAACAAACAACAUUUCACACAAAGAAAGAAAGAAUUCGUGAGGGAAGCGAACACUUCAACGCAAAAAUGCUCCUGCUGAUCUGAGCAUAUCUGGUCAUCUCUCRACAGAAUGCAACGCGAUACGAUACGACACGACACAAUACAACGGAACGCACCGGCCUCGUGGAACCUCUGAAUCAAUUCGCAAAUACCUUCGAUGACAGCGUCUCCCUCGUCGACCCCAAAGGCUCCACCGGGCAAAAAAUCGUGUUGCAUGUCAACUACCACCAGGGUAUCGAGGGGCGAAAUCGGUGGUAUAUCUGUUGCGUUCGCUCCCUGGUUGCUCCAGGAUAUCGUGCCAAUAUUGAGCGGGCUGCCCUCUCCAUCGCUUGAGGAUUCGGAUUCUUCCGCCGCUACCAAGAGAGCAUGGUAUUCGUCGAGGAGGAUUGUGCUAGGAGAAACAGUGCUCAUUCUUGCUGUUCUCGUGUUGUUGCUCGCUAGUUUUUAUUUCCU